AUGGCUGUAACUUUUGACGCAAAUGAGCUUGAGGGAAUGAAGCGCGCUGAGCUUCAAAAGCUCUGUAAGAGCGUGGGAAUUAGAGCCAACAGCAAGGUAAGCGUGCAAGCAUGCAACAUUUAUUGUGUUCUGGAAAUUGACCUAAAGACAAUUACGCACGCAGUUCCUCUCAGUUUCAAAUAAUAUGCAGCAUGCGACAUAACAGAUUGAUGGUCAAAUUAUGCAGGCAAAAUUACGGGGCCGCAAAUUUUCCACUGAAGAGUUGAAAUGAUGACAAUUUGUGGAGGUGUCUACCUCCUGAUCACUUGAAUAUUGAAGAAUGAUGUUUUCCUUUUUGAACCAAAUAUAUAUUUUGACGUUUUGACUCCUGAACUCGAUCAUUAAAGCGGUUUUAAUUAUAUUAUAUGUGAGCUUUUCCUUUAACAAAUCUGUCAAGACGAGACACCUGUUUAUGAAGAGAGAUUGCUUUCUGUCUUUCUGCUUCGAGUAACACAAUUUGAAAUUAUAAUUCUGGAUGACUGUUUUGUCCGUUUUGCGUGCCAUUCUCCAUAUAACAGACUUACAAAAUUAAUAUGUUCAUUCAUUUGUGAUAAUACGGUGAAUUUCUCAAUACUAAGAUCACACAGAGUCAUAUUGCUCGCAACUUUUGUCACUUAUUAACAUCGUGCAAAACAUUUCAGACUUCUCAUCUUAUUGAAGAACUAAAGAUAUAUGCAUUAAAGAUUACUGGCGCAGCAGAAGAGUAAGUAGAUGUUCUCUGAGAUAUAAUUAUUUGCAUGCUCUCAAAGUGAUGGAAUGAAUCAUUUUUAGGAAACCAGAUUGUAAGGGGGGAAAAAACUCUAAUUUGUGAAGACGGUCUGUUUUGAAGUGUUAUACAGAGGCUGAACUAAUGAUUUUCUCCCUUUGUAGUUCUUUAGUUGAGCAAGGAAAAGAAUCACAAACAGCUGACAGCACCAAGAUAGAAGAAGCAGCUAAAGAUCCAGAAACAACAGAUUUCAAUCAUGAAAGUGAUAAUGAUGAUGACAGCUACAAGAGAGAGCUAAUGGAUCAACUUGAUAAGAAAGUUGAGGAAAAAAGUAAGCCUAACAUUGAAACAUCCACAGUCUGUACAGUUCGUGUUCCAAAUCAACAGACACCCAGAUUAAAUUGAAGAGGAUAAUUAUAUUUUGGUGCUUGCAGCUGGCUGCUAAGAAAGGAGUCUAAUAAUAAAUCUUGGUUGAUGAAAAAGAAAAAAAAAAUUUGGUGAGCUGGUCUCAGGCUGGUCUUUUGUAAGCUGUUUGCUAACAGAACUGUUUGUUACAAGAGUUUUGACAGCACAUGACUGUACGCAACUUUGCACCUUAAAUCAAUGGCAUAAUAUUUUUAAUUUGUAUAUAUACUAAACUGGUAUUAUCAUGAUUUGCAAUUAUAGAAAGAUUUCAUUUAAGUUUAUUAGGAUAUAAUAAAUAAAUGAAUCAUACCAGGAGAAGCUGAGUUACCGACUACAUUUCACAGUGUUAUAGUAGAUUGCCUUGUGACCAUUAUAUGAUUUAAUUUGCAAAAUCAUGAAUUUGAAUAGAAUCAGAGCUAAGAGUGCUGCAUUGUUAUGUCAUAAAUUGAGUUAUGAGUGAACCUUUUUCUAUAACAUUUUAGUGCCUGCAGAAUGUAAAAUCCCCCGAUUUGUUCAGUUCCUUGGUAAAGAGUCAGCAGCAGAAACAAAUAAAACUCCAGGUGAGCUUCCUGGUUUCAAUAAAAACAAACCUUUUUUCAGCUUUGAACUUCUUUUCACUGGAUGUUCAUAAUUCUGAAUGAGUUGAUACAUGUUUAUAACAAGCAUUCAAUUUGAUGAAAAAAUUUCCAAUACUUUGUUUUUAUGUUGUUAGCUAAUAAAUGGAACAAGAUUCACAAGCAACAGUUUGAAAAGUAAGUGAUAGAUGUUCAUGUGAGUUAACCUAUUUGCCCCCCCUCCCUCCCCCCCUAAAAAACAACAGCAACAACAACAACAACAAAAACAACAAAAAAAUGUUGUAUCAUGAUUCUAUAAACUUUUUUCUACAUACUGAGGGUGGGGGGGUCUUGUGAAUGAUUUUGAGUGUGGUAGAAACAGGAGUGUUAUUCUACACAUAAAUAGAACUCUUCAAACAUGAUGCAGGGCUAAAAAUGGGCGAUUGCACGGUCACCAGUGGCAAGUUAAAACUGACCAGGGCCACCAAAAGUUAAGGUUUGAACACCUGAUGUGCGACUACACCACAGAAUCUUGAAAAGUUGCAAUGUAAAUUAUGCGAAGUACAAAGUUAAAAAUAAAACUCAAUAUGUGGUUUAAUUGGACUAACUUUCUCUUCAUUACUUUGCCUGGACUCUAAGAUCAUCCAUUUUAGUAAAUUUUUAGUUCUGAAGUGGAAAUUCCGAGCUGUUUUAACAAUGAUUUCACGAGCUUGUUCUUUCCUUUUAGUUAACACUCCAUUAAAAGGCAUGGGUCGUUUAUUCAAGUUUUUCAUUUUAAACUAGAGGAAAUUGAGGGCUACUUCAUCUUGGGAUGGGCCACUUAGAAUUCAAGGAAACUGGCCUGACUGGCCACCAUAGACUGGAGUUAAUUUUUAGCUAUAAUGUGCCAAUUAAUUUUGAUGCUGGUUGUAGUAACAAGCUCUUGGUCAGUUGAGAAAGAAAACAUGCACACAGACACUGGUGGACUUUGCUAGUUACUCUGAAGGUAAGAAAUUACACUUUUUACUUUAAGAUAAAUUUCUUUUUUCUUUUCAGGAUGGAUUCAAUUGAUGUAUAUUUGGAGAAGAAAAGGAAAAGAAUGGAGGGUUUUAAUCAGUCAGUCAAGAAAGCUAAGGUAAAGCAACUGACUAAGUUACAUCACAUAUAAAAGGUUAUCUGCAUUAUAUAUUAGUCUUCAGUUCUAAUAAGUUCACUUUGUUUCUUAUUUAGAUUGUGGUAGAUGGUUGCAAGAAGGAGAAGGAAAAUAGGAAAUCCUCAGCAAGAAAAGUAAGAGGAAAUUUUGAAAUUUUUUUCAAAUAUAGUUUUUAAGCCAUCAAGAGUUGAUGCAAUUACUUAUUAGAAUGGAUGUAACCUUUUUCAAAAUUGAGGGCUGGGUUGUUCAGAGCUUGUUUAAGAUAACCCAGGGUAAGCAUGAAAUUUAAAUUUCAGAUCUGAAAGCUACAGAAAAUUCAGUUAUAAAUUAUUUGUGACUACAGUUGUGAUGAUUGGAUUCUCUACAAAGAGUUGGGAAAAUUGUUCCAAAAGGCCCUUGAAUAGAGAAAUAUAGAAACCUGGACUGAAAUUUAACCCUGGUUUAGUGCUAAUUGGCCUUUGAACAACUGGGUCCAGGAACUUAACCCCUUAAUUCCCAGAAGUGAUUAACAAGUAACUUCUCCCUACCACGUCCAUUCACUAUCCUACAAACAGGUGAUGAGAAUACUCAAGUGUAUCAGUUGUUAUCUUGAUCUAACACCAAAUUCCCCUAACUUAUUUACAAGGAAAUGUGUAACAGCUAGAAGGGAGAAAAGACAACCAGUGACCAGUUGUUCAAAGGCCAAUUAGUGCUAACCCAGGGUUAAGUUUAAUCUGAGUUACUUUAUUCCCUUCUUCAAAGGCCUAUUUCAGAUAAUUUCUUCAGUUCUUUUUAGAACAUCCAGGCAUCAAAUUGUAGGCAAAAAGAUACUAAAUAUACCUUUAAAGCUUUCAGAUCUGAGGUCAGAUUUCACGCUAACCCUGGGUUAUCUUAACCUAGCUUUAAACAACUUGACACAGAUCUUCAGAGUUCAAGGGUCAACUGUCAGCCCUAAACCCUUUGACCCCUAAGAAUGGCUGGUAUCAAAUUUCUCCUUGCACUAUCAUCCCCUAAUUCAAACAUUAUGGUCAGGGGAAUAAAAGAAUCAAUAAACAACUAAACGUUGUAGUUCUCCUUGUCAGCACCUUUGGAAAUGUUUAGGAAAUGGUAUGGAGAAUAUGCAUACUGAUGUGAAGGGGAAAGUGUUAACCCUUUAACUCCCAAGAUCUCAAUCAUAAUUCUCCUUACUGUCAGCUAUAUAGCUCUUCUGAUGUUAGUUUGGAGAAUUUGGUAUUGGAUCAAUUAAUAAUCCCCUAAUCAAAAUUUUUCUUUAUUCUCAUUACUUGUCUGCUUGAUAUUGUAUUGAUAUUGUAAGGUAAAAUUCUGUCUUGGUCACUGAUGGGAGUUAAAGGGUUAAAUAGCCUUUUUAACCAUGUUACUUCAAAUGUAAUAAUAUUCUAAAUAGUGUUAUGGUUAAUCAAUAAUAGAUUGUCUGGUCAUAAAUGUAUAUAAUAUGUGUUGUUUUCUUAUUUGCAGUCCACUGAAACAAAAAGGAAAAAUCAUGGCAAACCAGCUGAAGUUACAUUCAAGCCAAUUGUUACAACUAUCAAUAAAUCAUCUACAUUUGUUUUUGGUUCUCCUGCUCCAAAACCAUUCUUCCAGCCUGCUAACAAAAUUGCCACGAAAAGUGAGAAACUCAGAUUGAAAUCACCCAAAGUUUUCAAGCCUAUCACUUCUGGAUCUGCUUCAAACAUUGAAAAGCCCAAGACUCCUUUAGCACGGAAAUCCCUUCCUGCAACAGCCAGGAAGGAAGACAAAUCAAAAACACCAGCAAAUCCAUCCCGCAAGUCAAUUGCUGUGACACCUUUCAGGUAAGAUUUUGCCUCAAGCAUUUCAAGCUUUUUUUGCCUUAUGGAAAUUUAUUUCGUUUCAACUGCAGAUAGUACUAUUUAGUCAACAAAAGGGACUCAUCUGGAUCAAGUUUGUAGUCUUUUGCGUCAUGGCAUAUACAAACAAAACUUUGAAGUCUUUUUAGACAUUCUUGUUACAAGCAUAUAUUUUGACUUCUGUUGGAACCUGUACUACUAUAAUCUUAAAGACUUAGAAUCUUGUAAUAACAACUUUUCUAUCUUUUUUGUCCUCAGAUUUUUGCCAGCCAAUGCACUAAAUGUCACAACACCAACCCCAAGAAAAAAAUUUGAUCUCCAAGCAAGCUUGGCCAAACCACUACCCUACAAGCCACACACUGGAAAAUUGAAACCUAUUUCUUCAUGCAAGGAGGAAGUAAGGCCUACCAUGAGCCAUGCUAAAGUGAAGAAUCAUAAAGUGGAUGUCAAAAGUGUGAAAGUAACAUCAAGGUAAGGACUUCAACCACAGAGUAGCAGUCUUGCACAUUUACAAAUUAUCUGUUUAGCUCUUAGUGAACAAACUUCAGCCACCAUUAUUGUGUCAAAAGUUCUCAAAAGAGUAACUUUUCACUCCCACAAGUGACCACAAUAGUAUUUCUCCUUUCUAUGGCUAUACAAUAUCAAGCAGAAAUAUGAUGAGAAUAAAGAAAAAUAUCACUUAGAGGAUUUUUAGUUGAUUUAAUACUAAAUUCUUCAAACUGACAUCACCAGAAUUGUACAACAGAUAGUUAGGAGAAUUAAUAAAUGAGAUCUUGGGAAUGAUAGGGUUUAAAAGUGAGUGAUUUUAACAGUUGUAACACUUAGUAAAUUAAUCCCAAUAAACUGGUUAUUAUAACUGGUAAAUUAGUAUUUUCCUUUGUUGAAAUUUUUUUUUUAGGGAACAACGGCGUAAGAAAGAGAACAAGAGCAGAGUUGACAGAAGAGCUAAUAACUUGAGUAGGAGGAGAGGACUUGCUUGCUGA